AAUGAGAAUGCCUCAUCUUCCUCUCUGGUAGUCAUUGCUCAGAGAUGCGCUGCUAUUAAGUGCCACUUUUCCCAGCUGGUACACUUGCCCCACAUCCCCUUCAGCUGGACAAAGGUGAUCCACCAGGACAAAUGGCCUCUGCUCUGCUUGAGAAGGAGCAUGGGUGGAUGCCUGGGCACGGCUGCAGCUGUUCUCCUUUGCAGAUGCAUCGCGGCAGCAGCCAACUUCUUUUGGGAGGAAAGCCUCGCCCAGCACGCUGCAGCUCUGCUGUUUCUGACAGCAGAACACAAUGGUUCCUUGCUGCAGUUUGCAGUCCGUGAUGGUGGUCUAGAUAUUUCUUGUGACAGUGAAAACAUGGAUAUGUCUUCUGUAUUUUGUGCUUGGUGCAGUCUGGGGUUUAUAUUAGCAGCCAGGUGUCUUUGCACAGCUUGCCCAUUUAUUAACAGGGACAACAUUGCAGAGCUGAAGUCCACCAGGGUCUCCUCUGUACAACUGCCCACCUGCCAGCAACAGCCUUCAGUG